UCCAAAAAUAUAUAUAUAUAUAUAUAUAUAUAAUUUCCACUUUACUGUUUUUCUUGAAGGAAUCAUGUCCAUGCCAAAAAGAACUUUGCUGAAGGUCAUCGUCCUUGGUGAUAGUGGGGUUGGAAAGACAUCUUUGAUGAAUCAAUAUGUUUAUAAGAAAUUCAGUCAACAGUACAAAUCCACAAUUGGAGCUGAUUUUGUCACAAAAGAAGUAGAGAUUGAUGGCAAACACGUCACUUUGCAAAUUUGGGACACAGCAGGUCAGGAAAGGUUUCAGAGCCUUGGUGCUGCAUUUUAUAGAGGGGCAGAUUGUUGCAUCCUCGUAUACGAUGUAAAUAUACCCAAAUCAUUUGAAACACUUCAAAAUUGGCAUGACGAAUUUCUCAAUCAGGUAGAUCCAACUGACCCUGAUACAUUUCCCUUUGUAUUAAUUGGUAACAAGGUCGAUGUUGACGGUGGAAAUAGCAGAGUGGUUUCUGAGAAGACAGCAAGGGAGUGGUGUGCUUCCAGGGAAAACAGCAUGCCUUAUUUUGAGACCUCAGCAAAAGAGGGUUACAACGUCGAUGAUGCAUUCCUUUGCAUAGCAAAAACUGCCAUUCUGAAUCAACAUGAGCAGGACAUUUACUGUCAAGGAAUCCAGGAAUCAAUUUCAGAAAUUGAGCAGACAGGAAGAUGUGCAUGUUGAAGUUGGCUGCAUCAAGAAUCAAUUUCCUAAAUAUUCAUUCUUUUGUAAAUAACUUCUCUCUCUCUCUCUCUCUCUCUCUCUCUCUCUCUCACAUAUUCAUCCCAACUACGCUUCUUGGACAAUAACGCUGUGUUUGGUUGGAGGAUUUGAGGAGGGAUUUGAAAAAUGAAAGGAAAAAAAUGUGUGAAACUAGGUGAAGUAGUCAUAUUUUAUUCACAUUUCAUCUACUUUUUCUAUUUCUCUUUCCAAAUCUCUCCUCAAAUCUCUCAACCAAAUACAGCAUAAUAGAAUAUUAUUUUUCAUUUUCAGUGUAAUACCAAGGAAACUAUUGUGGCAUGAGUAUGUAAAGUCCAAACUCUUGUGGCAUGAGUGUAAUACCAAGGAAACUAUUGUGGCAUGAGUAUGUAAAUCAACCACCAGGGUGGUGGCGGGGUGAAAAGGUGUCUUCCUUCUACACAGUUGAGCAUGGCUCGAUUUUUGUGAGGUGCAAUUAGCGGUUCAUUUUUUAAACAAUGAAACUGAUUACGCUACUAUACUUUGAUCGUAGCUCUAUCUCAUGUCUUAAGAGUUGGUGCAUUCCUCUAUUGCUCUAGUGGUAGGUCCCUUCUUUUGGAUCUGGUUAAAUCUGGUCGGCAAUCGGUUACCCAAAGUGAGGGCUCACAGAUGCUAUGACAUUCCUAUGAAGUGUCCUUUUAUUUUGAACAAGUAUUCUCCGUAGUUUUUAUUUUAUUUUAUUUUAAUGCUUGACAUUUUAAUUCGAGCACAUUUGUCUUUUAAAUUUUGUUUUUCUCUCAAAUAAGGACAAUUACAAACCCAAGUUAAGUUUUUGAAUGGAAAUUUGUCACAUCAUCCCACAUGACUAUAUUUUGGGGGGACAAUGAUCUUUUUGCCUUUCCCCGUGUAAUUCAUCUUCUUUCUUUGUUUCUCCCACCACCAUUACCCCCUCACAGCCACCAAAACUACCAUUUCUGCCAUCUCCACUGCCUCCAAACAUCACCAUCUUAAGCAUAGCCACCAGCCACCGCCAAAACACCUCCGCCACACGACCACUACCUCAUUAAACCAGCCUCAAACCAACACCAAAUCCACCUUAAACCAGUGCCAAAUCAAGUCCCUCUACCUACCCCGACACCCACCUCCCGCUAGAUCAUAACCACCAAUACUUCCCCACCCCGCCACCUUUACCACCACGAAAUCUGCCUUCAAAUCCCCCACUGAAAUCCACCUCU